UUGGAAUUGUGGCCCUCAAUCACAUCGUCCUCAAGACUCGACGCCCACUUUACAUCUCGCCGUCACGAUGCCUAAGGCUGCCUCCGGAAAAGCUUCUGCCACCAAGCACAAGUUCAUAAUUGACUACUCUAAUCCCGCAAAGGACGGUAUCUUUGACGGAGCGGCCUUCGAGAAGUUCUUGCAUGACCGUGUCAAGAUUGAUGGCAAGACAGGCCAGCUCGGUGACAACGUGAAGAUCGUCCGCGAUGGUGAUGUCAAAAUCACUGUGACUUCGAACGUCAAACUCUCCAAGCGGGCUUUGAAGUACUACACGAAGAAGUUCCUUAAGAAGAACUCUCUCCGUGACUGGAUUCGUGUCGUCGCUCCGUCGAAGGAUACCUAUCAGCUCCGCUUCUACAACAUCCAGAGCGCCGCUGAUGAUGAAGAUGAGGAGUAGAAUUGCUGUGUCGCUUUCUUUUCAUCUCGUCGAUAGUUAUGCUCUACGCCCACGAUUCUCUCGUGCAAUCGAUCUCAGGUUCACGAUCAUCACGCUGCACCCCAUCUAUGAAGAUGACGUGCGAAAAGGGUCAAGCUGUAGUGCGUACAGUCUGCGACGAGACAUUUUACAGUUGAGAGGACGACAACCCGCUGGUGUAAUUUGAGUACGUUCUAGUAUAGCAAUACCUACCUAUCGAUGAACUACCAGUGUUAUGUUCUCUCGGUGGUCCUCCGAAUCCUUCGGUCUAAUCUUGCCCAACACCAUCAUUGCAAGAUUAUUCCACAGUGUCUGCGAUUCCAUCAAAGGUUUCUGACGCAUCUGAGUGGAAACUAUCAUAUCAAGCUGGUUACGCAAGAGUUUCAACGCGAUGCCAGACUUGGCUGGGACGCGGAACUUGAUCUUUCGGUCAAUAUAAACGGCAUCGGAGGCCAGCU